AAAAUCCUCCGCGGAGGCUCCGGGGUCUGGGCAGAAGCGGCGGCAGCGGAGGCAUCAGAUUCCCCAAGGACUGACACCAGCAAAGAGGGAAAAGGACUUGUCCAAAAUGGCAUCGGAGAGCGGGAAGCUAUGGGGUGGCCGAUUCGUGGGCUCCAUUGACCCCAUCAUGGAGAAAUUCAACUCAUCCAUCUCCUACGACCAGCGCAUGUGGGAGGCUGACAUCCAAGGCAGCAAGGCCUAUAGCAAAGGCCUGGAGAAUGCAGGGCUCCUCACCAAAGCCGAGCUGGAGAAGAUCCUCCAUGGCCUGGACAAGGUGGCUGAGGAAUGGGCCAAAGGCACGUUUGCACUCAACCCCCAUGAUGAGGACAUCCACACGGCCAAUGAGCGGAGGCUGAAGGAACUCAUUGGGGAGGCUGCAGGGAAACUGCACACUGGACGGAGCCGGAAUGACCAGGUGGUCACAGACUUGAGGCUAUGGAUGCGUAAGUCAUGCUCCACGCUGUCUUCUCACCUCAAGAUGCUUAUCACAACCAUGGUGGAGAGGGCCGAAGUGGAACAAGACGUCCUCUUCCCAGGCUACACUCAUCUACAGAGGGCUCAGCCCAUCCGCUGGAGCCACUGGAUCUUGAGCCACGCUGUGGCCCUGGCCCGAGAUUUGGAGCGUCUGCUGGAGGUGAGGAGGAGGGUCGACGUGCUGCCCUUGGGGAGCGGGGCCAUUGCUGGUAACCCUUUGGGUGUGGAUCGGAAGCUGCUCCAGAAAGAGUUGAAUUUCAGUGCAAUCACCCUCAACAGCAUGGAUGCCACCAGUGAACGGGACUUCGUGGCUGAGUUCCUUUUCUGGGCUUCCCUGUGCAUGACGCACCUCAGCAAGAUGGCAGAGGAUCUAAUCAUCUAUGGCACCAAGGAGUUUAGCUUCGUACAGCUGUCCGAUGCCUACAGCACAGGAAGCAGCCUGAUGCCCCAGAAGAAGAACCCAGACAGCCUAGAGUUGAUCCGGAGCAAAGCAGGGCGUGUGUUUGGCCGGUGUGCUGGCCUCCUGAUGACACUCAAGGGACUUCCAAGUACCUACAACAAGGACUUGCAGGAGGACAAAGAGGCGGUCUUUGAAGUCUCGGACACCAUGAAUUCUGUGCUCCAAGUGGCCACCGGGAUGAUCUCUACCAUGAAGAUUAACAAGGCGUGCAUGGAAGAGGCUCUGAGCCCCGACAUGCUGGCCACCGACCUUGCCUACUACCUCGUCAGGAAGGGGAUGCCCUUCAGGCAGGCCCACGAGGCAUCUGGGAAAGCCGUGUUCAUGGCCGAGACCAAGCAGCUGAGCCUCAGCCAGCUCCCUGUGAAGGAACUGCAGAGCAUCAGGUGGGUCCCCCCNUAA